GCAGUAAACAGUAAGCAGCCAACGGAAAGGCAACAGGAAUAAACAGCGAAGAAACAAAACACUAAAACAUUGAAUGGCAGUUCGUCGUCGUCCGCGUGUAUUUGCUCUGUUUUGUUGUGUUUUUGUGUUGUGCGACGUGAGUUCGAUUAUUGCGUCUGGCGAUACCGCGUUAAACGAACGCUUGUAUUUUCGUAUUGUAUUCUAUUUGCGAGUAGUUCAGUGGUUCAACGCUAUUUAAAAUUUAUUCGUAUGCGAAUUUGUUUCGAUUGCUUUACACAGGCGUUAGAAAAGGGAACUGUUAAUGUGCUCGAAAAGAAGCAAUUGUCGUCAACUAGGAUAUAUCCGAGUUUAAGUGAUUUCAUUUACUGGAGAAAUUUCGCGUACGUGUUUCAGUGCUUAUGAAAAAUUUGUGUGACUAAAUCAUAUCCUUACGCCGGAGGACGCAAAAAAAAAAAAGCGCGCGCGAAAACUCACAAAUGAAACCGUGGAUAUUCUUAAUGCCAGAUAUGUGGCGCGCUGUGGCAUAAAAAAGCGAAAAUGACACUGAAAAUACGAAACAAAUUUUAUUUCGCCUGACAUUUGCCGCCACCAUCAGAAAGAACGGGAUUUUAGUCCAAAACUGUAUUAUUUUAUUCACUUCAUGUGCUUUGCGUAUUUUGUAUUGCCAACGUUUAUUUUGGUUUUCUUCUGCUGUUGUUGGCGUGUCGGAAGAAAACAAUCAGCAAGUCAGACAGGCAGCGUUGCAAGUGACAAUGACUAAAAAAAAUUAAAGAUUUCGAAAAUAACUCCAAAAAGUCACAGGGCAUUUAUAAAGUGAAAACUACACAUCCAAAUACCGUCAAAAUAAAAGCGACGGUUACGUGAAUGAAAGUACUGAUCACAGCGAAACAGUGAAUCCAGCAGUUUUGCUGAGUGUUAAUGUCUUUGAAGUUUAGACGCAUAUACAAAUAAAUAAAAAAAGCAAUUAUACAAUACAUUCCACAGAAACAAAGAACAUCAAGUUCAAAAAUUUCAUUUCCAUUUACACUUUGGACAAACGUAGCAGCAGUAGAUUAAGUGCUUUCAACAGGCGUUGUUGACCGUUGUUUUCGCCGUUCAUCUUAUCAGUAGCAUAGCAUUGAACUUUUCAUCCCAGCGCCACUUUGUCGUCUCGUCAGGCUCUUCAGCACCAAAGAGGCAGAAAUGUCACAAGUUCUCGAUACGACCGCUACCAAAAAUCUAUAUAUACCGUAGGCAAAAGCAGCACUGUGGUAUCAGUACCUUUCCAGCGUAACUGAUAAGUAUUUUUUGUUGAAUUGAGCGCAACAGCUAUCGCAAGGAAACGCGUGCACACAAAGAACAUCGCGCGUGUCGCUUCGUUUUAUUUAAAUUGAGUUUGCGCUGUGCUUCUUCGCCUCAACCUGUAAUCGGAAGCAAGUGUGCCCAAGUCAACGGCGAAUUUUACAACUGACUGUUUAGUCUAAGCAAAUGCAAAUUUUCGUCAGAAAAUUUCCAGCUGACAAGCAAAUAUUUUCGUUUAUGGGUAGAAAAAGGAAAUCCACACGCCAUCCACAUCAAAAUUUCGAAUACUUAUGUUCGCCUCAUAGCUUUGUGCUUUCCUUCCUUUGGUACUUCGUUGUUGUGCGCAUCCAAAUCGCUAUCGUUUCAUCCUUGGUUUUGGUGCAAAUUUUGAUUUUACUGUUCUAUCGUCUCAACGUACCCGUGAAAUUCAAAACUGCGAUAUCUCUGACGAUCAGUCCACUCAGCUCUAAUUGUAGUCGACAAAGAACAAACGAAAGCGCUUGUCGAUUUUUAAAGAACACAAAUGUAUUUUAAAUUAAUCCAAAGAAUAUUUUGUCGUAGUAAAUAUCUACGAAUAAAAAUCCCGUUCAUGCACUAAGUGUAUUCACAAACGGCAAAGGUACUCGUGUGUACUUGCGUGUAUGUAGAUUAAACAAGGCUAAAACGUAAUUCAAAAAGAAAUUGUGAUAUUGUAUUUAAGCAAAAAAACCCCUCUGCGAAUCAAUUUGUAUAAAAAUAAAGUAAUAUUAAGGUCAAAUCUACUUGUAGAUAACAAGUUAUAUUCUAAAACUACAAUCAUAAUCAUCAAACGAAAAAAACAUAAGAUAAGUGACCGGAAAGGAAACAUUUCGGAAGUAUAUGAACUGAACUACAUCAGAGUUUCACUUCAAAUCGAAUCAAAACUUUUUAUUAGUACGAGUAGCAGUUAAAGCUAAAUUUUAAGUAAUAGGAUCAGCCGAUAUUCAAUACCAAAUUACAAAUUACUAAAUUUGCAAAAUUAUUUUUGGAGGUUUUGUUUACUGACUCACAAAAAGGAAAACUGCAAAUUCGUAAGGAUAAUUAUUGGUGGCGAUAGAACAACUCAACUCAAAAAAAGUAAAAAAACUCGAAAAGCAGAAUCGCAAAUCAUUUUUAUACCUCAAACACUUUAACCUAAGGACAAAUUGUAUAUUGUACUUAAGUGUUCAGAUUUAAGUUAGCAUCUACGACACUGCGUUAGUUUAUUGUUGCGCAUAGGUAACUGUAAAAGCUUAAGAAGUUGUAUAGCUGAAAAUCAAGUAGCUCCAAGCAUCUAUACAGCCAACACAAUCCCAAAUCCGUGCUGCUUAAUUCGUACAUCCCCAAGGCUUCAUCAAGGCGCUUCCGACAAUUCACUAUUCAAUAGCAAGCAAUCAAGCCGGCGAAGCACCACUCGCAACCAUAGUUACCCUCAGUUACCAUAAACUCCGCCGCCACGUUUACUACAGACACAAUAGAACCCUUCAAUAUGACAAUGAGUACAAAUAAUUGUGAAAGUAUGGCGUCAUACUUUUCCAAUUCCUAUAUGGGGCCCGAAAUGCACCAUGGUCACUAUCCGGGCAAUGGUGUCACCGAUCUCGAUGCACAACAAAUGCAUCACUACAGUCAGCAUCCAAAUAAUCAAGGCAAUAUGCCUUAUCCGCGUUUCCCGCCCUACGAUCGCAUGCCCUACUACAAUGGCCAAAGUAUGGAUCACCAAGGUUAUUCGCGGCCCGAUAGUCCCUCCAGUCAGGUGGGUAUGCCACAACAGCCCCAAGUGAAUGGUAGCCCACUGCUUCAGCAACAACAGCAACCCCAGCAGCAAGUGACGCAGCAACAGGCGCAGCAGGUGACGCAACAGCCACAGUCGGCGUCUCAGCAUCAACAGCAUCCGCAAGUGACGCAACAGGUGACACAUCCAGCCCAACAGCAACAGCCUGUUGUCUAUGCCAGCUGUAAAUUGCAAGCAGCCGUGGGUGGACUUGGUAUGGUGCACGAAGGCGGCUCACCACCCUUAGUCGAUCAAAUGGGUGGACAUCACAUGAACGCGCAAAUGACACUGCCGCAUCAUAUGGGACACCCUCAAGCACAGUUGGGUUACAACGAUGUCGGAGUUCCAGAUGUUAAUGAGGUUCAUCAAAACCACCAUCAGAUGAGUAUGUACGGUCAACAACAGACUGGCGUUCCAACCGUUGGCGGUCCACCACAAUCGAUGAUGCAUCAAGCGCAAGGACCACCUCAAAUGCAUCAGGGACAUCCCGGACAACAUACACCACCAUCGCAAAAUCCAAAUUCGCAGUCAUCAGGGAUGCCAUCACCUUUGUAUCCCUGGAUGCGCAGUCAAUUUGAACGCAAACGUGGCCGCCAGACAUACACCCGUUACCAAACGUUGGAGCUGGAGAAAGAGUUUCAUUUCAAUCGCUAUUUGACUCGACGACGACGCAUUGAGAUUGCCCAUGCGCUGUGUCUCACGGAGCGACAGAUAAAGAUCUGGUUUCAGAAUCGACGAAUGAAGUGGAAAAAGGAGAAUAAAACGAAGGGAGAACCAGGCUCGGGUGGUGAGGGUGAUGAGAUCACACCGCCAAAUAGUCCGCAAUAAGGCGUUUAUUAAGAGAGAAACUGACGAGUCGCGCUUUAUCCACUGCCAUAAGGGGACGUGAAAAACUGCACUAACAACUUUAAGUAGGGUCUCAGUCCUUCAUGUGGCGAAGUGGCGUCCAGAGGAAAAUUGUCAUAUUCAGAUUAAUGAAUGCAUGAAUGAUUGCAGGAUGCCGGAUAGAUCUUUUCAACGAAAAUAGAGCGUGUCCCGGGCUAGGGAUGGACGUGUAAUAUUAAUCGUUUAUUCAGUUGGACAAUUACGUUCAUGCUACCCACAUACAAGUAUAACAUUUUAAAAGUAUAGUUUUGUAGUCUAAAGUUUCAAAAGUUUUAAUUCAAACCUCAAAUAAUUUAUUAAACAUCAAACAAAACUUUAAUGGGUUGAGAAAUUAAAAAAUAAAAAAAUUAUUGGAACAAAAUUGGAAAUCAAAAUUAUAAACUUAUUUCUUAUAACUACGAGUAUAAGGAAAAACAAUAUUAAAAUAAUUCUGUAUAAUUUCUGCAAAGCUGUAAACUUACUUAGUUAAAUCUUAAAGGACAAUUGUUAUUAUUUUAUUUAAUUGAUUUUAAUGAUAAUUCGUAGUGUAUACAAAAAUGUAAAACGUAGCAGGCGGACAAAAAGGAUGAACGCUGCUAUAAGCCGGAUCAAUAGUUGCAUAAAUAAUUAAAUAAAUGGGUAAAUAAUUAAAAAUUGAAGUAAUUAAAUAAACUCAACAAAACCAACUCAUGUGACCUCAAGUUUAAAUAAGUUAUUGAAUAUAAACUAAAGUAUAUACAAAAAUGUACGCAAACGAUAAUAAUAAUAACAAUAAAAAUAAUAAUAAAGAUAAAGGUAAACAUUAGCAGUACACUAAUAUACAUAAAUGCACAGAAAAGAGAAAAAGUGGAGAAGAGCUAAAAAAAAGAGAAAACAGAAAAUAUUUAAAUUAAACUCAUUACAUGAAAAACACCAUUGUAAAGCAUAAUAAACAUUACUUUCUAAAUACGUAUACAUAUAUAUUUAGAAUAAAAUAUAGCAACACAUAUGUAAAUGCGUAAAUUCAACAGUCUAAAGUUGAAAUAAAUUUAUUUUAAUUGAAGAAUGUUUGCAGUGUUAAAUGUAUAAAGAAAAAUAUAAAAACCAUGCGAGA